AUGAUGGUGCUGUGCUACGAAGACGGUUCGUUAAGGGUGGUUGUGUCAACCGCGAACCUAUAUGUUGACGACUGGGAGAAUAGAACGCAGGGACUCUGGUUUAGUCCGCGCUGUCCAGAAUUACCACCGGAUGCGAUGCCACAUGAUGGAGAGUCUCCAACUAUGUUCAAGAAGACAUUAUUGCGAUAUCUCAACCAUUAUCAUUUGCCGCAACUCGCAUUUUAUAUGGAGAGGGUAAAGCGAUGCGAUUUUUCACACAUCAAUGUCUUCUUGAUAGCAUCAGCCCCGGGUGCCCAUUUCGAUUUCGACUGGGGCAUGACCCGUGUUGGGUCUCUAUUGCGGCAACACUGUUGUAUUCCCCCGUCUGAGAACAGCCGCUGGCCUUUAUUGGCGCAAGCCAGCAGCAUAGGAAGCUAUGGGAAGGAACCCAAGUUGUGGCUAACGGGAGAUUUUCUUCAUCAAUUCACAAAAAUCAAGGACCAAUCCCAAAUGCUGUCUUCACCAGCUGAGUUGAAGCUUAUUUAUCCAUCUCUAGAAAACGUGAAACAGUCGCACGAUGGUCUACUGGGUGGUGGAUGCCUUCCAUACGGCGCAAGCGCACACGCCAAACAACCUUGGCUCAACCAAUUUCUUUACCAAUGGAAAGCAACACACACGAAUCGGAAUAAAGCGAUGCCGCACAUAAAAUCCUACACCCGAGUAUCCCCGGAUAACAAAAUGGCGGCCUACUACCUGCUCACAUCCGGGAAUAUCAGCAAGGCUGCGUGGGGCUCCAUAAAUAAGGGAAAUAAGGCAUUGCGGAUCAUGAGUUAUGAGGCUGGUGUGCUGUUGCUUCCAAGAUUUGUGAUAAAUGAAGACUUGUUCCCUCUCAGUGAUAAAACGCAUCGUUUAAUAAUACCAUACGACAUACCUCCCAUCAAAUACACGAGCGAUAUGUCGCCAUGGGUUUCUGAUUAUUAA